AUGGGCUCCACUGUGGGUAAGGGCGACCCCAGUAUCUGGGGGGUCCCCAUGCGUUGGGUUGCCCUGUUGGCUCUUGUGGGGCAGACAGUGGCUAGCGUCACCGUGCUACGCCUCUCCCGUUCCAUCGAUCUUCAGACAGGAAAGCCCUAUCUCACAACAACGGCGGUUGUCUCGGCCGAAGUUGUCAAGCUGCUGACCUCUAUCCCGCUGUUAUGGCUCGAGCAGAACAAGAGCGUGCGCGAUACAGCAUUCGCAGUGUACAAGCAUAUCAUUGAUAGCCCUAAGGAAAUGGCCAAGGUGGCGGUUCCCGGACUUCUCUAUGCCUUACAGAAUAAUUUAAUUUUCAUUGCUUUGUCUAAUUUGUCGGGGGCUAUGUACCAGGUGACCUACCAGCUCAAGAUUCUCACAACUGCCCUUCUCUCGGUGCUUCUGCUAGGACGAAGUCUCUCCUCCCUUAGAUGGGGAGCGCUGUUUCUUCUCUUCGUGGGCGUGACUCUGAUUCAGUAUCCCGCGCAGGCCGACCCACCAAGGACCUUUUCCGAGGAUGCGGACAACAGUGCCACCAUGAACAACAACCCCAUUUUCGGCCUGGUGGCCGUGCUAUGCGCAUGCCUCACCAGCGGCCUUGCUGGAGUGUAUCUUGAAAAGCUGCUGAAGCAGAGAACAACUACCAUCUGGGUAAACAACAUGCAGUUGGCGCUUUACGGAGUGGCAGCUGGACUUGUCGGCGCACUGUGGAACGAUGGACCUGCAAUCCGCGAGGGUGGAUUUUUUCAGGGAUACACCGGAUUGACCGUGGCAGCGAUUCUGUUGCAGGCUUUGGGAGGCCUUGUAGUUGCUGCGGUCCUUAAAUACGCGGAUAACAUACUCAAAUGCUUUGGUAAUGCCAUGUCUAUCGUGUUUUCUUGCGUAGUCUCAUGGAUUCUAAUUGGUGAUUUCUACCCUUCCCCUCUUUUUUGCAUGGGUACCUGUAUGGUACUAGUCGCAACAUAUCUGUAUGUUGUGGAAAGACCUUUUACCUUGCUCAAUAAGCACAUGCUAAAACUGUAUCACUAUACUGCACUGGGCCGAGGCGACGACGAGGAGGGCCCGGCUUUCUCUCCUGGUUCAAAAGCUUCACAGUCGGAGUUGCGCAGCCCUUAG